AUGCCCAUACCCAAGAAAUGGAUUUCCGCAAUAUCGUUCCUCUGUAUCAGCCUCUCGAUAUGGUCCAUCGAUCAUUAUUUCGGGAUUCUCAACGAAGACCUCCAAUCUCUAUCUCCCCCAAUACCCAACGAACUAAACUUAGAGGAAACCACCACUCUUCUCUCCGAAAUCAGUUCUCAAACCCCAGACUGGGAACCAACACCCACAACCGAAUACAAACCAGGACCGCUCCGCCCUCUCGGAAAAACCUACAAUAAGACGAUCAUCGUCCCCAAAACCAAAGACGACGACGUAUCUUGGAUAUUCUCCAACUUCGGCCAAGACCCAAACAUCAACGCAGCGAUCUACGUCGUCGAUGAUCCUACCGCUGACCUCCAUACCCCGAGGAAUAAGGGCCAUGAGGUAUUGGCGUAUCUGAGUUUCAUUGUUGAGCAGUACCACAAUCUUUCGGAUGUCAAUAUCUUUCUGCAUUCCCAUCGUUUUGCAUGGCAUAACAAUGAUUUUCUUGAGAAUGACGCGGUGCUAAUGAUAUCCCGCCUCUCGGCAGAGAGAGUACAGAGAGAAGGGUACAUGAACUUGAGGUGUCAUUGGGAACCCGGCUGUCCUUCAUGGAUGCAUCCAGGUAGCAAAUUCCCUCAUCUUGAAUCAAAACCUCAUCCGCAGUUUUGCACAGCCCAUAAACCCCAACGUCUCCUCUGUCACAAAUCCCCAUUUGUUACCAUCCUGUGAAAACCCAACAAGCCAUACAUACUAAUCCUUCUUCAGGCACCAUCGAAGAAGACCCAAACAAACAAGAAGAACCCCUUCUCGCCCCAAUCUGGACCCAACUCUUCCCCAUGGACCGCAUCCCCCCCACGCUUGCCCAGCCCUGCUGUGCCCAGUUCGCUCUUUCCGCGCAUCGCAUCCGCGCCCUGCCACUAGCUCGCUACGUUUUCUUCCGCGACUGGCUCCUACGCACUCCUCUGAGUGAUUACAUGAGCGGAAGGGUGUGGGAGUACGUUUGGCAGUUUAUCUUCACCGGACGACACGUUUUAUGCGUGACCGAGCAUGUCUGUUAUUGUGAUGGAUUUGGGGUUUGUUUUGGAGGAAAGAAGGAGUAUGAGGGGUUCCGGGAGAAGUGGGAGGAGAAGAGACGAUUAGAGGAGGAGUUGGAUGCGUGGAGGGAGAGGAAAGAGGGGUUUGAAAAGGCUGGGGAGGAGGAGAGGAAAGCGAUGGAAGAACCAGAGGUGGGGAUGGAUUUGCAGCUAGAAGCAGUGAUUCAAGAGUUGAAAGAUUGGUGUGAACAGAGGUUCGAGGAGGCGAAGGUACAUGGGGAUUUGGCGACUAGUAGAGCUGUGGAGGCUGGUAGGGAGUGGCAUGAUGGAGAUGGCUUUUGA